AUGGCGGGAACGGGUGGGCAGCUUGCAGAGAAGAGAAAGGGUAUCAACCAGGUAAAAACAUUAUUUUUUACAGAAGGAAGACGAAAACAAUGGUAUUAUCACAAUCAAAAGCAAAGGGGUUGCAUUUCAAAUAGCCUUCCAUUUGUGACAUAUUCUAGUUCAUGGAGUGUGCUGCCACCUUGUGGCUUUGUCAAAAUGAUCAACAGUUGGACUAGGCCUAGUAGUCUAGUAAGCACUGCCCUACCACCAGGUGUCUUCUCAUACCCACUUUUUUAGAUCCUACAGUCGUGGUCAAAAGUUUUGAUAAUGACACAAGUAUUGGUCUUCACAAAGUUCGCUGCUUCAGUGUUAUGAGAUAUUUUCUGUCAGAUGUUACUAUGGUAUACUGAAGUAUAAUUACAAGCAUUCCAUAAGUGUCAAAGGCUUUUAUUGACAAUUACAUUAUGUUUAUGCAAAGAGUCAAUAUUUGCAGUGUUGACCCUAUUUUUUCAAGACCUCUGCAAUCCGCCCUGGCAUGCUGUCAAUUAACUUGGUUGGGAGAAGUUGCUCUCUGAGGAUGUGUUGGUACCAUUCUUUAUUCAUGAUGGUAGCGCCCACCUUGUCUUCUCUGGACAAGGUGUUUUCCGGAUGCCCCAAACAAUCGGAAAGGGGAUUCAUCAGAGAAAAUGACUUUACCCCAGUUCUCAGCAGUCCAAUCCCUGUACCUUUUGUAGAAUAUCAGUCUGUCCCUGAUGUUUUUCCUGGAGAGAAGUGGCUACUUUGCUGCCCUUCUCGACACCCGGCCAUCCUCCAAAAGUCUUCGCCUCACUGUGUGUGCAGAUGCACUCACACCUGCCUGCUGCCAUUCCUGAGCAAGCUCUGCACUGGUGGUGCCCCAAUCCCGCAGCUGAAUCAACUUUAGGAGACACUUGCUGGACUUUCUUGGGCGCCCUGAUGCCUUCUUCACAACAAUUGAACCUCUCUCCUUGAAGUUCUUGAUGAUCCGAUAACUAGUUGAUUUAGGUGCAAUCUUACUAGCAGCAAUAUCCUUGCCUGUGAAGCCCUUUUUGUGCAGAGCAAUGAUGACGGCACGUGUUUCCUUGCAGGUAACCAUGGUUAACAGAGGAAGAACAAUGAUUUCAAGCACCACCCUCCUUUUAAAGUUUCCAGUCUGUUAUUCUAACUCAAUCAGCAUGACAGAGUGAUCUCCAGCCUUGUCCUAGUCAACACUCUCACCUGUGUUAAUGAGAGAAUCACUGACAUGAUGGCAGCUGGUGCUUUUGUGGCAGGGCUGAAAUGCAGUGGAAAUGUUUUUGGGGGAUUAAGUUCAUUUUCAUCUGAUCACUCUUCAUGACAUUCUGGAGUAUAUGCAAAUUGCCAUCAUCAAAACUGAGGCAGCAGACUUUGUGAAAAUUAGUAUUUGUGUAAUUCUCAAAACUUUUGACCACGACUGUAUGAAGAAAGAUUAUUUCUGUGUGUGCAGAUGCAAAACUAGGCUAUUGACACAUUGGGGGUCUCUAUUUCAUCAUAGGCUAUAAAUAUUCGGAGGAGAGGCGCGAAUAGAUAGCCUACUUAAUUUACAAUGGCCUAUUUCUAGCCUUGAUAACCCAAUAGCAAAUUAAUGUUCGAUCCAUGGAGCGGGGAGAGGACGCUUUAAAUACCUUCUGAGUCACCGCGGUCAAAUGCCACAACUUGGACAUGGCGCGCACGACUAGUAAUUUCUGUGCAAGCUUGAUUUAUUUGAAUCAGACACCUAUGUAAAUUGUCAUUUAGAAAGUGGUUCACACACUCCCCCUUCCCUUCGAAGUAAUGCAUUGUAUUUGUUAUCCUUGUAGAGUCAACAAGACAAAACGUUCCUUGUAUUAUUCAAUUUACAGUAACACUUAACCCUGUUAGUAUUAAUCAAAAUGGUGUUUGUGUGUGAGGGAGAGAGAGAGAGAGAGAGAGAGACAGACAAAGAGAGAGAGUAGGCAGUCGCUAUCCAGGGACCAAUCGCUCCGCAUGAAUAGGACUAGAAGCCUAGUUUUGUGAGAUCCAACCGCGUCUUCAAUAUUUCAGAAUUGACCAAAAGCAGAGAUUGCAGUGUAAUUCAAAACCACUAGAAACGGAAUAUAGGAGAUAUUUUCAGAGCUAUUACCUUUAAUAGCCCACUGGAUGUAAGCUACCUGGGGACAAUGUAGAGCGCGUUUUUUUGGAAGAGGUUAAUUGCAACUAGCGACAAUAUCAAAGACCACCAAGAACAACAGACUUAAAACAAACAGACAUCGGAAGGUAAGGUCCUCUACAGAUUCUUUCAUUUGUGAAGAGGUGGAGGUACAGUGAAAUGUUUAGUAACACAACCAAUACGCACGGUCUAAUAGUGACACUCAAAAACCAGUCGAGACUAUACAACUUUCAUGGGUUUUUGUAAAUUGUUCGCAAAAAUAUGUAAUAUUUAGUUAAAAGCCUAUAGUUGAGCCUCAUGGAUCUGUUGUGAAGAGACUUUGCGAUUCGAACUUUGGUGAAACACAUGCAAACGUUUUGUACGUCAUGUUAUAAUGUCCAAAAUAUGGAAUAUGAACACUAUAUAGCCCAGUGUUUCUUAAUCCUGGGGGUACCCAUUUUUGCAUCUAAAACAUCUGAUUCAAAUCAUCAAAACUUGAUGAUGACUUUAUCCUUGAAAUCAAAUAAAAUAAAAAUUGUAUUGGUCGCAUGUGCCGAAUACAACAGGUGUAGACUUUACAGUGAAAUGCUUACUUACGAGCCCAUUCCCAACAGUGCGGAGUUAAAAAGUAAGACAAAUAUUUGUUAAAUGAAAUGAAAUAGUAACACAAUAAAAACAAUAGAGGGUAUAUACAAGCAGUACCAGUACCGAGUCAAUGUGCAGGGGUGCUACGUAAUUGAAGUAUGUACAUGUGGGUAGGAGUAAAAGUGUGUAUGUAGUGUAAGGGGGGAAACAAAAAUAUGCACCCCUUUUGUUCCCCAGGACCAGGAACCACUGUUUAUAUAAACGUACAUAUUAAUCGAUACAUUUUCAGAUUAAAACAGCACUGACUAUCGCUUUUGAUGCAUGUACAGCACACACCUGAUCAGGUGAGCCUUUUUUGCUAGCAACAUUAUAUUCCCGCCUUCUCUGUAAUUUCAUUGGUUUGAAAGAGUGAUAUUCCGGAGUGAUUAGUCAGAGCUACUGCUUGUCAAGUCUUCAGCGAGGUUUUGAGAUUUGUAUUGACGAUGGAUUGAGAAUAAUACCGGUAAAAGUAAAAACGACAUUUCAAAUCAAUUCAAAUUGCAUGUGACCAUGCGCCGAAUACAACUUGUAGACUUUACCGUGAAAUGCUUGCUGAUGAGCCCUUCCCAACAAUGCAGAGUUAAAAAUACAAAUAACAAAUAACACAAGAAUGGAGCUAUUAACAAUUUGCAUAGGUACGAGGUAUUUGAGGUAGAUAUGUACAUGAAGGCCGGGUAAAGUGAAACCAAUGAGUGAAACUGAUACAUGGCAAAAAAUAAAUCUACAUUCUCCAUGGUAUUCAGUUUGAUGUUGAAUGACCUUAGUUGGUGAUUGUCAGAGUUAAUGUCAGAAGAGGAGUGGUUAACAUAUCCAUGUGCUUUUUCUUGGUUUUAAGGUUGGGAACAUAGAGACCAUGUGUGCGCGCGCGUGACACUAGCCUAUGCAUGUGUUUGUAUAUGUGAGAUCAAGAGGUCCAAAACAAUUGUCUCUCACUUCCCUCCACAAACAAUUGGCGGAUGUUGUGCUACUACUCCCUAGUACACAACAUCAACUUUGUUACAUUAUUUUCAGAAUUGCGGCCAGAGAAGGUUAUUAGAUGAGGGUUAUUGAAUUAAGGCAGCUGGAAAGUAUGUCUCUCUUAUGACUAUGCAGUGGCUCCAUGGCAGGAAACUAAAUAGCAUCCGCCACCACAAGAACUCCAUCUAUUUGGUUAUAAAAUGGCUGUCGUCAGCUCAGCGUUAUGUAAUCUGACAGGGACAGAGACAAACGGCAUGGCACAGCACUAAAAGAUGUCUGGGACUACUGUAGGGAUGCUUAUUGAAAAAAUUGGCAGUUGUUUAGAUGGGUUUGACAAAACAAACUCUUCACGAAGAGAAGUCUUGGUCUAAAACUUCGAAAGGCUCAUGGCACCUCAUCUCAAGUUCAACUUAUAGUUAGAGCAGUACAUAUACAGUAUGUGCUGUUAGUGUGUGUCCUGUACUAUGCUGUUCUAUGAAUGUAUUGACUCAACAAGUGUCUCAACUGACAUUCCUAAGUGUUAUUACUGGGGCGACAGGUAGCCUAGUGAUUUAAGAGCGUUGGGCCAUUAACCAAAAGUUAACUGGUUUGAAUCCCCAAGCUGACUAGGUGUAUCGAGAGUGACUCUUCUGAAGGGAUGACAACGUCACUAACCUUCUCGUAUGCCAACACACUCAGACUCUCCCUCUUCUCUUUCUGUGUGAACAGUUUCUGCUGAACUCCAUGGAUCAGACACGCAAGAGGCUUCAUCUCCUUCUGCUCCCGACCGCUGUCACUGUCUGGUCUCUCCCCGUCUCGAUGGGCGCCAGCGUGACCCCAGGGGGGUGUGGCUCCAUUGUAGACUCCCUGUACUACAGCCUGUGUGACCUCAGCGCCGUAUGGGGCAUCGUGCUGGAGUCGUUCGCGGCGGCCGGCGUGGUGGGUUCCAUCAUCCUCCUCAUCGUCCUCCUGGCCAGCCUACCCUUCAUCACAGACAAGAACAGGAGGAGCUCUGUGGGGAUCAAUGCCUGCUUCCUGAUCUGUACCCUGGGCCUCUUCUGCCUCACCUUCUCCUUCAUCGUAGGGAAGGACUUCGCCACCUGCGCCUCGCGACGCUUCCUCUUCGGGGUGCUGUUCGCCGGGUGCUUUGCGUGUCUUCUCAUGCAGUGUGUGAGGCUGAACCUCCUGACCCGCAGGGGGGAUCAGGGGCCCCGGGCCUGGGUUCUGUGUCUGGGAGCCCUGGGGCUCUGGCUGGUGGAGGUGGUCAUCAACACGGAGUGGCUGAUCAUUACCAUUGUUCGCUACCCGCUGUCACCACUCAACGUUACAGGGACAGCACUAGGCACGGCCGCAGACGUGCCCUGUAACAUUGCCAACCAAGACUUUGUCAUGGCGCUGAUCUACGUACUGAAUCUUCUCCUAGCUGUCGUAGUGGCAUCCUUACCCUCCCUGUGCGGGAAACACAAGCAGAGGCGCCAGGAGGGAGCCUUCAUCCUCAUUACGGGUCUCCUCUCUGUUUUCAUCUGGGUGGCCUGGAUCACCAUGUACGUCUGGGGGAACCUGAGAACCGGCGGACCCAGCUGGGAUGACCCUACCCUGGCCAUCGCCCUGGUCAGCAACGCCUGGGUGUUCCUGGUCCUCUACACCAUCCCAGAGAUCUGCUCUCUGACCCAGGAGGAGGGGGGUGUGCCGGGGUUCGGAGAGGACCUGUACCCAAGCAGAGGGGUGGGCUAUGAGACCAUCCUGAAAGAUCAAGGAGCCCAGAAUAUGUUUAUGGAGAACAAGGCUUUCUCUAUGGAUGAGCCCAACUCAGGUAUGUAGAGAUGCACACACACAGGCGUGCGCACACACACACAUGCACAUACGUAAGCUGCACACACACACACACACACACACACACACACACUGACACUUGUUGACCCACAUCAAUUACCUGCCUUCACUAAUUAGUACACUUCACUAGACGACAGGGUGUUUUGUCCUCUUGCUGGCACAUCACAGUGGAUGUUUCUAACACACCUAGCAAACAUUAGAGGCGAAGGUUCAUUAAGAGGGCCACUGAAGCUUGCAUCAGUACAGUCAGGCACGUGAAUAAGGGAACAUUGUCAUCUGCAUGGAGCGAUCUUCACACUCUACCAGUGAAGAAGUAACAAUGAAUGUCAUCGAAACGGUAAUGAAUUUCACACCCAGUUUACGUUCUCCAAACUCUUCAGAAUUUGAUAUGCUGAUGCGCUUUUAAUCCUGUUGGUGACCAUUAUCUGAUCUACCAGGCUGCAGCGUGGCCAGACAGGACACUGUGUCCCUCCUCUCCUCCCACUCUAGAUCUUUGAUGCUGCUCUACCUGCCCUCAGCCUGCCCUAGCCUCAUCUCAUCACCACAAGGGUUGCGUCCCAAAUGGCACCCUAUUUCCUAUAUAGUGCAUGCACUACUUUUGACCAGGGCACAUAGGUCUCUGGUCAAACGUAGUGCACUAUAUAGGGAAUAGGGUGCCCUUUGGGACGCAUCCCAUGGCUUAGGUUAGAGUGGGAGGGAGGGAUAAUAGCACAUGGUAAUGUGGAUGGCGGAUGGCGCCUUAUGAGUGAGCAGCUCUGUCCUGACUGAGAGAUUAGCUUACUGUAUGUCCUGGUCUGCUGAGAGGUCAGCUGGCACCACGCCAUAUCAAGACAAUAUUAGAAGAUAGAGGGACAUACAGCAUUCAUUAAGCAACCAUUUUUACUGACUGGAAUAUCAUGUUUGAAUAAAUGAAACAAAAUAACAUCCGGCCUAGCCCACAAGUUGCCAUAUCAAACUAAUAAUGAGAAGAGAACGUUGUGAGAAAAAUAACCCUUCCAUAUUUGGCGAUUAUAUUAAAUAUUAAAGGGAAAUGUUUGUUUUAAAACGCAUCAACCUUUUCUGGUAGAGACUGAGAACGAAGGAUGAUGUCCUUCAUGAUGAGAGAGAGCUAUGAAAACAUUAAAUAGUCAAUCAUUGUCUUUAUUUAGCCCGAGGACUUAUUUAAAAGUUAAGCGACCGAGUUGUCUCUCCCAAACACACAUUCCAUUACCACCGAUCUACCAGGUGAUUCAAUGGGAGUUUGUAAUUACUCACACAUUAGUAAAUGUCUAGAAUAAAACAGUGACCUAAUCAGUGUACCAUACAUACAUAAAUGUUGACACAACACACUCCUCAGCUCUGAUUCAGUCCCAACAUCAAUGCUUGUGUUUGCGUUACUGUGCCGUCUCCAUAGAUACCUAGUCAGUUGCACAACUGAAUGCAUUCAACCGAAAUGUGUGUUCUGCAUUUAACCCAGCCCCUCUGAAUCAGAGUGGUGCGAGGAGCUGCCUUAAUCGAUGUCUACAUCAUUGGUGCCCAGGGAGCAGUUGUUGGGAGUUAACUGCCUUGCUCAAGUGCAAAACAGCAGAUUUUUACACCUCUGGGAUUCAAAGCAGCGACCUUUCAGUUACUGGCCCAAAACUUAAUGCUAGGCAAUCUGUCCAUAGGUGUGGCAACAGUAUCAUCGUGGAUAGAUAUUUCACAGGGGGGGGCCAGGCAUUUCCACCUGGGGGAAAACAAAACUGUCUCUCACAUUAUCCACACCAGACCUGGGAUAACUAUAGUUUUAAAUAUGCUUUGUGGAAAAUCAACAACAAAAUAAUGGCGGAACAAAUAGUUACUUUGAAGGUGACUAUAACUAUUUGAAUACGGAUUCUAAAAUUACAACUUUUUAAAACUAUUUGAAUACAGAUCUGAGAAAGCAACUACUUAAAAAUAUAUAUUUUAAUGUAAAGCCUUAUUCAAAUAUUUCCCAGAGUGCCUUGCCUUUUGAGUGACUGUAUUUGUUGGACAGAGACAUGGUUGUUUUAUUCAUCCAUUUUCUGUCCAAUGGACUUCACCAAGUAAGAUCCUAAACUGUCAUAAAAAAAUGAAAAUAUUAACAAAAUACCAUACAUAUUUCAUAAGGCCUUAUUUUUUUACGUUUAUACAGGGGCCUGAAACUCAUACACGUCACUUUGAACCAAAACCACGCCCAUCAUUAUCAUGUUUCCCUGCAUGCUCUAUUGCAGGUAGAUUUUUAGAAUUCUUUGUUUCAAUAUCUAUGUUUGUGAUUCAUUAAUUAAUAUUAUGCUAGUCAAAUAGAAAUUACAAACAGUUUCUAAACUAAUCCAAUAUGUUACUUGGACUUAUUGCACCCGUUACUGAGAUGGUUGUUCCACUUUAGGUAGUCUCAUAACUUAGUCUUCCCAACCAUGGCAGUCAUUCUGAAUACAUGUUGCAAGUGAUAAAAAAUUCCAAUAGGUUGCUAUCCCCACACUGGCUGGAUUCAAAUAGGAAUUAUGCAUCACCUUGCAAACCAGCAUAAUGUGACUUGCAGGCCUGUUGUGGCCUGUAAACCAUAAGUUUCUGGCCUUUAUAUUAUGCACUAAGAAAAAAAAGGUAUAGAGUUGUUUCUAAAGGGGUACAAACACUCCUCACUGUAGUGGUACCCAGUAAGGUUAUCAUUUUUACCUUUAGUUAUAAUUGGCCUGCAAAUAGGGUUGCAAAAUUAGUGAUGUUGCAAAAAAAAAAAAAAAGGAUUUCUGGAAAACCUGGGAAAUUUGGAAAAGUUACCUGCAAGUCACAUUAUACUGCCUUGCAAAGUGAUGUAUAAUUCAUAUUCGAAUCUAGCCAGAGCUAGGAUAGCCAACAGUUGGAAUUUGUAUUCACCUGCAACCUGCAUUCAGAAUGAGCAUCAUGGUUAGAAAUAUUGAGAAGAGACUGACUAAGGCAUCUAAACUGGAACAAACAUCUCAGUAAUGGGUGCAAAAAUUGGAUGAUUGGAUUAGUUUAGAAAAAUGUAUGUUAUUUAUCUUUGUGUAGCAUAAGAUAAUAUAACUAAUAUAAUAUAAGCAUAAUCAAUGUACAUACAAAAACAUAGAUAUUUAAACAAACAAUCCUAAAAAUCAACCUGCAAUAGAGCAUGCUGGGAAAUAUGAUAAUGAUGGGCAUGGUUUUUGGUUCAAAGUAUAUGAGUUUCAGGCCCCUGUAUUAGGGUAAAAGUAGGCUCUCAAAAUAAGGGCUUAUGAAAUAUGUAUGGUAUUGUGUUAAAUAAAUGUUUUUUUAAUGAUAACAUAUUCACUUAGGAUCUCACUUGGUGAAGUCCAUAGGACCGAAAAUUUAUGAAUGCAACAACCAUGUCUCUGUCACUAACAAAUCAGUCAUGGGUGAAAACACUACAAUGUACUCAAAAGGCACUCAGGCAAAUAUUUGAAUAAGGCUUUACACUAAGCAGUGUGUUAAUUUAACACUUCCGGUGUCUAUACGGGUCCAAAGACUCCACACUGUCAGUAUUAAUUAUUAUUAUGAAUUAUAUUUUAAAUCACAAAAAUGUGUCUUAUAAGUCCAUGUCCCAAGUAAUUUGUUGUGUAGAUCCAUAAAUACUGCAUUCGGAAAGUAUUCAGACCCCUUCCCUCUUUCUACAUUUUGUUACGUUACAGCCUUAUUCUAAAAUGGAUUAAGUAAUUUUUUUCCUCAUCAAUCUACACACAAUACCCCAUAAUGACAAAGCGAAAAACGGAUUUUAGAAAUGUUUGCAAACUUAUAAAAAUUAAAAACAGAUACCUUAUUUACAUACAGUUGAAGUCGGAAGUUUACAUACACCUUAGCCAAAAACAUUUAAACUCAGUUUUUCACUAUUCCUGACAUUUCAUCCUAGUAAUAAUUCCCUGUCAGGUCAGUUAGGAUCACCACUUUAUUUUAAGAAUGUGAAAUGUCAGAAUAAUAGUAGAGAGAAUGAUUUAUUUCAGCUUUUAUUUCUUUCAUCACAUUCCCAGUGGGUCAGAAGUUUGCAUACACUCAAUUUGUAUUUGGUAGCAUGGCCUUUAAAUUGUUUAACUUGGGUCAAAUGUUUGGGGUAGUUUUCCACAAGCUUCCCACAAUAAGUUGGGUGAAUUUUGGCCCAUUCCUCCUGACAGAGCUGGUGUAACUGAGUCAGGUUUGUAGGCCUCCUUGCUCGCACAUGCUUUUUCAGUUCUGCCCACACAUGUUCUAUAGGAUUGAGGUCAGGGCUUUGUGAUGGCCACUCCAAUACCUUGACUUUGUUGUCCUUAAGCCAUUUUGCCACAACUUUGGAAGUAUGCUGGGGGUCAUUGUCCAUUUGGAAGACCCAUUUGCGACCAGGCUUUAACUUCCUGACUGAUAUCUUGAGAUGUUGCGUCAAUAUAUCCACAUAAUUUUCCUUCCUCAUGAUGCCAUCUAUUUUGUGAGGUGCACCAGUCCCUCCUGCAGGAAAGCACCCCCACAGCAUGAUGCUGCCACCCCCGUGCUUCACAGUUGGGAUGGUGUUCUUCGGCUUGCAACCACCCCCUUUUCCCUCCAAACAUAACGAUGGUCAUUAUGGCCAAACUGUUCUAUUUUUGUUUCAUCAGACCAGAGGACAUUUCUCCAAAAAGUAUGAUCUUUGUCCCCAUGUGCAGUUGCAAACCGUAGUCUACCUUUUUUAUGGCGGUUUUGGAGCAGUGGCUUCUUCCUUGCUGAGCGGCCUUUCAGGUUAUGUCGAUAUAGGACUCGUUUUACUGUGGAUAUAGAUACUUUUGUACCUGUUUCCUCCAGCAUCUUCACAAGGUCCUUUGCUGUUGUUCUGGGAUUGAUUUGCAUUUUUCGCACCAAAGUACGUUCAUCUCUAGGAGACAGAACGCGUUUCCUUCCUGAGCGGUAUGACGGCUGUGUGGUCCCAUGGUGUUUAUACUUGCGUACUAUUGUUUGUACAGAUGAACGUGGUACCUUCAGGCGUUUGGAAAUUGCUCCCAAGGAUGAACCAGACUUGUGGAGGUCUACAAUUUAUUUUCUGAGGUCUUGGCUGAUUUCUUUUGAUUUUCCCAUGAUGUCAAGCAAAGAGGCACUGAGUUUGAAGGUAGUCCUUGAAAUAUAUCCACAGGUACACCUCCAAUUGACUCAAAUGAUGUCAAUUAGCCUAUCAGAAGCUUCUAAAGCCAUGACAUCAUUUUCUGGAAUUUUCCAAGCUGUUUAAAGGCACAGUCAACUUAGUGUUUGUAAACUUCUGACCCACUGGAAUUGUGAUACAGUGAAUUAUAAGUGAAAUAAUCUGUCUGUAAACAAUUGUUGGAAAACCUACUUGUGUCAUGCACAAAGUAGAUGUUCUAACCGACUUGCCAAAACUAUAGUUUGUUAACAUGAAAUUUGUGGAGUGGUUGAAAAACGAGUUUUAAUGACUCCAACCUAAGUGUAUGUAAACUUCCGACUUCAACUGUAAGUAUUCAAACCCUUUGCUAUGAGACUCGAAAUUGAGCUCAGAUGCAUCCUGUUUCCAUUGAUCAUCCUUGAGAUCUUUCUACAACUUGAUUGGAGUCCACCGGUGGUCAAUUCAAUUGAUUGGACAUGAUUUGUCCGAGUAAAAACCAUGCCAUGAGGUCGAAGGAAUUGUCCGUAGAGCUCCGAGACAGUAUUGUGUCGAGGCACAGAUCUGGGGAAGUGUACCAAAAAAUGUCUGCAGCAUUGAAAGUCCCCAAGAAUACAGUGGCCUCCAUCGUUCUUAAACGGAAGAAGUUUGGAACCACCAAGACUUUUCCUAGAGCUGGCCUCCCAGCCAAACUGAGAAUGUCAUUGGUUAGGGAAGUGACCAAGAACCUGAUGGUCACUCUGACAGAGUUCCUCUGUGGAGAUGGGAGAAACUUCAAGAAGGACAACCAUCUUUGCAGCACUCCACCAAUCGGGCGUUUAUGGUAGUGUGGCCAGACGGAAGCCACUCAGUAAAAGGCACAUGACAGCCCGCUUGGAGUUUGCCAAUAGGCACCUAAAGGACUCUCAGACAAUGAGAAACAAGAUUCUCUGGUCUGAUGAAACCAAGAAUGAACUCUUUGGCCUGAAUGCCAACCGUCACGUCUGGAGGAAACCUGGCACCAUCCCUACGGUGAAGCAUGGUGGUGGCAGCUUCAUGCUGUGGGGAUGUUUUUCAGCAGCAGGGACUGGGAGACUAGUCAGGAUCAAGGGAAAGAUGAACGGAUCAAUGUACAGAGAGAUCCUUGAUGAAAACCUGCUCCAGAGCGCUCAGGACCUCAGACUGGGGCGAAGGUUCACCUUCCAACAUAACAACGAUCCUAAGCACACAGCCAAGACAACGCAAGUGUGGCUUCGGGACAAGUCUUUGAGUGGCCCAGCCAGAGGCCGGACUUGAACCCAAUCAAACAUCACUGGAGAGACCUGACAAUAGCUGUGCAGCGACGCUCCCCAUCCAACCUGACAGAGCUUGAGAGGAUCUACAGAGAAGAAUGGGAGAAACUAAACUAACUGUUCUAGUUUUUGGUUCUUUAUCAAAUAUUUGGCAACCAUCCCCUAAAUUAAUGGGUUGUUUUCAAAGGAAAUAGUUGCCUUUAGUUGAUUCUCUAUAUUCAACUACAUAGAGUAUUUGAAAAGUUUGUAUUUUAACUACAAAAUACAACCAUUUUCUGCCCAGGUCUGAUCCACAAUACCAUCGUUUAUAGAGGAUGCACAGUUGGAAAAAAAAGUGUUGUAAUCAACAGCCAGUGUUAAUUUUUUUAUUUGGGGCUAUAACAAUUAUAGCAAGUCAGUCAGUAUUUUUUACAGUAUUUCAAUCAGUUUUCCACGUUGAUCGAAUGUCAUCACAUUGAAUAUUUUUGUUGUUGUUGAAAGUUUUGAUUAGUUUUAAUUUCAAUAUUACAGAUGUACAAAGAGGACGUCUUACGUCUUACAGAUUGAGUUUGAUAGCUCAGCUGCAUCUGGGUCCAAAUAUAAACCUGAUGACCGUGACAGCUCGAGUUUCCCACUGAAAACCGAACUGCACCCUUAGUUUUUGUUUACUUUCAAUAUUACAGACAUACAAGGAGGAUAGCGAUACUGACGUCUUAUAGAUUGAGCUUGAUAGCUUAGCUGCGUUUGAGUAUAAACCUGUUUCUCCAGUGACCCCAUUUUAAAAUCAGGUGGUGACCCCUUGUUUGGGAAACGCUUAUUUAGGGUUAGGAAAGUAUUUAUGAAUCUACCUACUUCAUAAAAAUAACAGGUGUUGAGAGAAUAAAAAAUAGAGGUUUGAUUCAUCCUGAAAGUUGCCAUAUUCAGUUGUUCAAUCCAUUAAAUAUAAAUAAAGGGGAGAAAAGUGUAGAAAGUGGUUGAACAACAGUCAUAUAAAUCUACCUUAAUCCUCACUGAUGAUGGAACUGUGAUGACAACGGUCCAGUCGUCAUGAACCGUGCGUCGGGCUCCAGGUUUAAACUGCCAUAUUUUGUCUGCAUUCCAUAAUGAUUCAAAUAGGCUACAUGUCCCACAUUAUUGCGCAACUUGCAAUUAAAUAUUAUUCAUUAUUGCUAGCAACCCUCAGCAACAACCACAUGGACGUGACAGCAUUUACAGAGGAAACAAAUAAAGAUAGGCUAAAUCAAACAAUGUAAUGAAAUGUAGGGUAGGCCUACCAACUGAAAGGAACUAACACUAAAUUGGCAGUUAUAUAUGUGUGGUUAUUACUUACGGUCACUACCGAUAGUGGCUAAUAAUAUUUAACAUUAUAGGAAAUUGUAGGAAACAGGAAAAAUCUGGGAAUAUAAUUAAAACAUUCUAGAGUGCACAAAGUUUAAAUUUGGACUGUCAUUAUGCUCGGCUUUGCCUUGCGUCUUGCGUCUCCAGGAUUCAUCCCUGAAAGUUAUAAGGCCAUACAAUUUAAAUUCUGCAUAACGGCACAGCAUUUCAUACUUCCCUGUGGCAAAGGGGCAUAAAUACCUGUCAUGUUGAUGUGCUUUUCAGUUUGCUGCCAUAUGACUGAUUUCACAUUUGUCUCCAGCGAUCAUAGUGUAAAAUAGAUCUAAAACAAUUGUCAUUUAUAUUUACAAUCCCCUUAUCCAAACAGAUUACUCAUUUACCUAGCUCUUAUCAAUUUAUAAAUUACAGUGCAUGGAGAAUGAUGCUAUUACUAUCGGGAAAAAUAAAGUCGCUGUUUUUCCACUUGGAACCAACAGGUUCGCUAGACCUUAUCCAUGGUUUCCUCAUGCGUAAAGGUGGUGGAAUUAUGAGGGAAUUAAGUCAAGGUCUGAAUAUGGCGUAUCUGUAGACACACCUCUGCCAUACCUCCACCUUUCUGUGAUCUCCACCCCAAACGAAUACAUGGCUGGCACAUGCGUUUCCCCAUGCUUAAGUUCAAGGUCAGAAUAGGCGCAGAGAGAAAAUUGCAUAAAACUGGAAUUAAGUUCCUUUUACGUGCGCACAUAACUUGGGUCUGAAUUCCACCCUUAUAGCCUACAUCAGUGGUUUAUGAUCUUGUCAUGGUGGUUAAAUACAAGACCAAGCUACCAUGACUGGUUGCUUGGGAACACUGAAUACCUAGAGCCCUCAAACUCAACUCUGGACCUCGAAGCCAGUUCCACUGAGUUUUUCAUUGUUCCCCUCUAAUCAGGGACUGAUUUAGACCUGGGACAUCAGGUCGGUGCAAUUAAUUAUCAGGUAGAACAGAAAACCAGCAGACGACGGACCUCGUAGGGUAAGAGUUGAAUACACCUGACCUAGAGGAGGAUAACGCUUGAGAGCUGGAUAUCUGACUGAUUGAUUGAGAUAAGAAGUUGAAAGUGUGUUUUAUAUGAAGAAAGUAUCCAUUGUCCCAAGGUAUAUGAUUCAGAUCUAAUGUUGUCUGUUUUCUUGUUGUUGUAUCUUUCAGGUCCGAAGGUUGUGUCCCCAUACAGCGGCUACAGUGGUCAGCUCCGCAGUUCUGUCUACCAGCCCACAGAGCUAGCUAUCAUUAGCAAGGGAAUGGGGAAUGUGAGUACUGGCCAUCAGUUGUUUGUCCAUGCACACACACACACACAGGCACGUCUGCACACACACACACACACACACAGCCUCAGAUUGUUGUUGAUUAGUUUUUCAAUUCUCUCUUAAAAAGAAAGCGGAACCUUAUUAAUAUCCAUUUGUUUUAAUAUUAUUCCCUUCUCUGUUGUCUGGAUGCUGAUGUGCAUGUUGUGGCCCAUGUGUAUCGUUGGCUGCAGCAGGAAAUGUCCUAUGAGUCUCGCAUCCCCCGAGCCUCCAUCAACAACAGCUCCCCGGCCCACAGAGGGGGCAGUACCCUGUCA